AUGGCGGAAACAGUAAUGGCGGGCGCCAACGAUGAUUGUGUAAAUGCAGCGAGACUUCACGAGAGGCCGUUUCAUGCCGCCUAUAUAAAUGAAAAGAUUCCAUGUCCUCUUCCGCAAUGUAGACGAGAUUUUCGAAAUGAUUUUUUUGAGGUGAACGGGCUCGCUCAGCAUGUUAGAGCGAAACAUAGUGGUGUAACUUUCACAGACAAACACGUGGAUGAAGCAAAAUGCGUGCUAAAGUCAUUGCAUGGCGAAGAAACGAAGAGCCACUUGGAAAAGUUGUCUACCGCGCGUCGUAACCUGGUAAGCACAAUGUUUGCGGACAUAUAUGCAAAUUUUUUUUCUGUAAGGACGCGUCAUAAUACAUGUUGUCAUGUUGACUCAAAGCUGUUUAUAAUUUACAUAUUUUUAGAAGAGCGAACCUUACAUCGGAUACAAUGUAUUUACGAAGCACGGGGAUUGUCACAAUUUAUAUGUCGCUGCAAAAGAUGCGAAAGAGGCUGCUAAACUUGUUGGAAUGGUUCUAUUGCAUUUUGGAUAUCUGAAACCAUACUCCAAGGGCAACAGAGGUGAACCAAUUGAUGUAAAAGGAGGAAACAUCACUGCCACUUUCAAUGUGUGGUUUUCCACCAAGACGGAGUCUGGUAAAGAUAUGACUGUGGUCAUUGCAGAAGCCACAUUUGUGAAGAAGGUAGGAACUUAUUAUGUUAAUAGAUACAGGUAUAUAUUUUUUAUAUAAAAACUUGCUAGUGCAAUUUGAGAAACAGCAUAAUUCUUCGUUGUUUUUUUUUCAAAUAUUUGUGGAAAUCCUAAAAGCAAGCGAUGAUAAAUUACAAUCAAAUUUUGUUUACUGGCAGUUUUUUUACAUGUAAUAGUUCUAGUUCAUUCUAUAUUUGUCACCACAAAUCACUGACUACAUAUAAUCAUCCAAUUUAUACUUGAUUACACUUUUAUUAAAAGAUGCUGUAAAGUUCGCAAUGUAAACAAACGCUUUGUUUACAUUUCUGAACUGCUAUGUUUGUAAAUAUGAUAUACUAACUGCAUUAUCUAACACUUUUCCUAUGUUUCAAUUCAAAAAAGUUUGAUUUUAUAGCAUCUUUGAAGAUGAUCCACUCCUUUCUGCACAUCAGUUCUGCUCAUAACAAAGCGGGACACCCAGGCAGAUAUAAACAUUGCCCAAAUUUUGCAUCUUUUUGUUUCAUCGAACUUUUUGUUGAAUUGAAAUGUACAGUCUAUAUUCAUUUACAAGUAUAGCGAACCAGAAAAGUGUUAGCUAGAUAUUCAGUUAGUAUUUUUCAAAUAUAGCAGUUCAAAAUGAAAACAAAGUUUGCGCAUGUGCACAGGAGUGGACAUCAUCUUUAAGUUCUGUAGUAAAUUUGACAUACAUGCAAAUGAUGUGAAUAUAUUUGUUUUUAUAGGAUUUAUAUGUGGACGCAACACCAUUGCAGAAAGAACAUUGCCAUAGGAACAAUGUCAAUACGGCUGCUAUCCAACCUUCUGGUGAUCCGAGUCUCGACAUUUUACGUGCCAUGUUCCAAUUUGAAAGUUUUAGGGGAUUACAAAAACAGGCAAUUGACAGUAUUUUACAAAGGAAAAAUACCCUACUUGUAAUGCCAACAGGAGGAGGAAAAACUUUAUGUUAUGCUGUCCCUGCCUUAUUGCAAGAGAAAGUGACAGUGGUUGUUUUCCCCUUGCUGUCAUUGCUAAUUGACCAAUGCCAAAGGUUUCGUUCAAAGGGAAUACCUGUCUGUUAUGUUAUGUCCGAGAUGGACAUGCAGGAAAGAGAAACUGCGUUUCAUAAGCUAACAUCCAGCCCACUUGAGUACAAGUUUUUAUUUGUCACCCCAGAGACUUUACUGUCGAACGAAACUUUGUCACGAUUGCAAGACUUGGCUGAAAAGCAAUUACUUAAUUUUAUUGUGAUUGAUGAAGCCCACUGUAUCGAUUCAUGGGGAUUUAACUUCAGGCCCAGUUAUCGGGAACUUUGGAAAUUAAAGGAAUUUGGAGUGCCUAUUGUUGCUAUGACAG